AUGUCGUACUCCGACAACCCCCUCACCCAACUACCGGCUGUGGACUUCAAUUUCGACGAUUUGCGAAAGCGCAUGGCCGACUUCACGCUUAAAUUCGAUGCGUUUAUCGAACAGGGCAGAAAACGCGUUUUGCAAGAGAGAAACGAGUUUCGAGCACGGCUGGGAGAAUUAAACGAGGAACAACGCUCGAAAUCCACUCAGAUCGCCACAUUGCAAUCCUCCUUGUCGAACCACAGCAAUGUCCUUGCCAGGGAGCAGGCCGAGAAGAACGAGAUGCACGCGCAGAUAUCUCAGUUGGAAUCCCACCAAGCCACACAGGCCGCGACCUGUGACCGGCUCAGGAGCGCGAUCGCGCAGACACAGCGACAGAUCGACAUUAAGCUACAGGCGCAGCGUGAAUACGCCGAAAAGAUGGACGGACAAAGUCGGUUGAAUGGACCCGAGCUGAAUUUCUGGGAGACGUAUCUCGGCUGUCGCAUCGAAGGCAGCGGUGACGAGAGCAGGGUCAGGAUUGUGUUCAUGUUUCCACCUUUGAAGGGUGGCGGCCCCAACAACGACGAAAGAGAAGCCACGUUUGAACUACAGGUGCCGGCCACGGGCAGUGGCAGGUAUGAGGUGGUUUAUAUGAAACCUAAGCUAGAUGCCGUCAAGGUUGAGAAGGUUGUGGACCGACUCAAUUCGACCAGAGAGAUUGGCACCCUGUUGAAGGGCAUGAGAGGGCUGUUUGUGGACGAAAUGAAGUGA